UAAUUAAAACAAUAUUUCAAAAUACUUUUUAUAUACAAAAUAUAUAUACUAUAUUUACAACCAAUACGAUCGAUUCAUAAACCAUAACAGUCGUAUAUACCGCCAUCAACCUAACGAGCUCAUUGAACCAUACAAUACAUUUCAAUAUUGAAACAAACAACCCAAACAGCCAGAAAUAUAUCCAAAAACCAGCAAAUCAAUAUAACACAAAGAUGGGUCAAUUUACCGAGACACGGCUAUCGCACAAUCCAAUGACACUUGAAGAAGAUAUAGAAGAAACAUGGUCAGAAGGACACAUUCACAACAAGCAACCAGCUCCAAAAGAGUCCGAAAAUGGAAAUCUAUCUGGCAUCCACCCUGCCUAUUCAUUUCAGUCUCCGAUAAAAGACACUACAGAAGUAGCAAUCAUCUUGGCAAAACUUCAAUUCAUGGCAACCGGCUUGGUCAUUAUUUAUUUCCGAUUGACUUCCCAAUUUGAACUUCUGGCCUUGAAGUUUCGUAAAAUUUCACUACACUCAUCGAUGGAUAAUAGCUUGUUACUAGAAAGUAUCUUGAUGAAUGAUUGGUACAAGGGUCAAAACGAUAACAGAAAUAUUUAUUCUUGGAUACGGGAUUCGGAUGGGAAAACCAUGGAAAGGAAGGGAUGUUGGGUGAUAACUUGUAAGGGAUUAUCGAAAGAUGAGAAACCUGAUGGAACUAUGGAUUUGAAAGAGAGGAGAAACUUUCAAGAAGCCAAUACUUCGGAAUGGGAUAUUGCGAAUAGCACAUUAUUUGUCCCAAGUAAACAGACAAGGCUAUUGAUGGAAAUGCGCCAUGGGUGCUGUCCCGCAGUCUCCAAGGCUUUUACAGAUCCGUCGGAUUUUCUCAAUUGUAAUCUGUAUCGUGAAGGGAGCGCAGCUGAGUCUUAUUUUCAUGUAUAGAUAAAUGGGGUUUGGGACUGAGACUGAAGUUUUGAUUUGUUGGGAUAGAUCUGGAUGAUUUGGGAUGUUGGAGUUUGGGUUGUGGAGAAGGAUGUAGGACCU